AUGAACUUGCAACAACUAGAAGAAGAGGCGCGACAGGCAGCCUUGAAAGACAUAAAGAAUAUGCUCCAGCGGCCAGGUCAACUUGAAAAGGUGGAUCAAUUUCGACAUCGAGUUGCAAGAAAGAAAGCUUCCGUGGAGGCACUACUGAAAACGGGAAUGCAAAAUCAAUUGGAUGGGGUACGCGUUGGUUUAAAACAGUUAGAAACAUGUUUACAAGAUGUUAAGGAAGUUCGCCAGCGCAUGCUAGAAGUGGAUCGAUUGCUGCAGGGAGUACCGGAGAUCUAUGAUGCAUUAGAGGUGGUACGAGAAGAGAAUACCAAACAUUCCCAGUAUGCUACUGCAAUGGAGAAUCUCAAACAUAUAUUUAAUGUUGAAGCAAGUGUUCAAAAAACGAUGACACUUAUUGAUGAAGAUAAACUUCUGAAUGCUCACCAGUGCCUCGCUGACUUGGAGAAUUCUCGUGAUGAUUUGCUAUACGAAUUGCAUAAACAACCUAAGCAGCAUGCAUCCGAUAAAAUUACUUUAAAGCGGCAUUUUGAAAAAGUUGAUACUGUUUCCCAAGCACUGGAAAAGAAACUACGUCUCAUAUUAAGCCGUACUUUAAAUACUGUGCGCAAGGAACCUACUGUUAUUGUGACAGCGUUGCGUAUAAUCGAACGGGAGGAAAAGAAUGAUCAAUUCGCCUUGCAGCAGCAGAAAGUAACUGGAUUCCUGCCACCUGGACGACCAAAACAAUGGCGUUCGAUGGCCUUAAAAAUGUUAAAGGAAGCUGUUGUAACACGCAUAGAAGGAUCGAAAUUGGAAGAGCGCGCAGAUAAUAAAAUGUGGUUAGUGCGUGAUUUGGAAAUUUUGCGUCAAAUCAUUUUGGAAGAUUUGAGAGUUGUAAAAUCAUUGUGCGUCCCAUGUUUUCCCCCACAUUAUAACAUCUUCAAGGAAUACGUGAAAAUUUACCAUGAAGGACUUUCUUCAUAUCUCGAUAAUAUUGCAAAAUCAGGUCUCGAAGGAAAUGAAUAUGUAUCACUGUUAUCUUGGGUGAUGAAUACAUAUCCCGGCGCAGAGUUGAUGUCCCAUCCUGACCUCAAAGUCGAUAUCCAGCAAGUCGUUGGGCCAUUGUUGCGACCGGAACACUUGAAGUCGCUUGAGGAUGAAUAUUUGCGCAAUAUGCAACGAAACUACCAGGAAUGGAUGACUAAAACUGCAGAAACGGAAAGGCAAGAAUGGUUCUCUGAUCAGCCUCCUGAACAUGAACAAUAUUAUCAUACUUCAGCCCCAGUUAUCAUCUUCCAAAUGAUCGAUCAACAUCUACAAGUGACUAACACCAUACACUCUGACCUGACAUUCAAGGCGUUGGUGAUGAGUAUUCAACAAGUAGAGGUUUUCGGACAAUCUUACUUAAAGAAUGUUAUCGAACUAAAGGAACACCAUUUUCGUAAUCGCGAUCAAAUAAAAUACUUUACUCACUACAUAAUUACUAUAGUAAAUAAUAGUCAGCAAAUGGUGGAGUUGGCUCACCAAAUGAAGCAACUGUAUUGGCCAAAAUCGCGCACUGAACAUUAUGAAGAUUUUGAAAAAUUGCUUGCCACAUUCCAAAGGAUUAGGGCACAUGCUACCAGUUAUUUACUUGAAGAAGCCUUCCUGGACAUGGAGGGUCAUUUUAAUGACUUAUUCACAAUGAAAUGGCUGGGAACCACGAUUUCUGUUGACACCAUUUGUAUUACCUUGUUAGACUACUUCCAGGAUUAUAAACACUUACGGCCUAAUAACUUUGAGAUGGUCAUAAAUGAGGCACAAAAACUACUUGCAAAACGGUACAUACGCGCUUUGCUUUCCAAACGUUUAUCAAAGUCAAGGAGCGAAUGUGAAGCGAUCACUACAAAAAUCAAUCAGGAAGCGAAACGGUUUAAGCAGUGCUUCGAGAAAAUCGCACCGAAUUUAACAAUGAGUGACUCCCCGCUAGAUUUGAUACCGACACUCUCGGCUUUGCUGUCCGGGGAUAUAGAAUUACUAGUACUAGACCUUCAUACGUUACUGGGAAAUUAUCCAUCCUUGAGUGAAGAUCAUAUAGUACGAUUAUUCUAUUUGCGUAAUGACGUAAAGUCCAGUGAAGUUCGGGAAAAGGUGCAAGAUGCUGCAAAAUCUAAGAAGGCUAUGGUUAGCAUUGCAAAACAAGAUUGCAUAUUCAAAGAAAUUGUCUUCAAUGACAAAUUGUGGUAAAGGAUAUACAUAUACAUACACACAUAUUUCUACUAGUAUAUAUAUGUGUGUAUGUUCUAAAUCGGUCUAAUUAAAAUGUAUUGUACUUGAAAAUGCUACAAAAUACAGUUGGUGGCUAUUUCAAAAUGGGGUAGUCUCAUUGAUCCACAGAAAUCCAA